CCGGUAGGUGAGGAUAUGUGGACAUUUGGGAGGUCCAGAGCCCAAGGCUGUGGUAAUCUCUUUCAAUCAACCAAGCAGAAUGCAGGCAUCAGCCUCCCAGGAUAAGAACCGGAGGAAGCCAGGCCAUAAUGAAGGUACUCAUCAUCCUGACUAUGAGAAUAUAACCUUGGCCUUCAGAAACAAGGAAGAGUUCAAACUCAAUCAACCAGCACCCAAGAAACAAGCCCAGGUCAAGCCAUCACCGGACACACCCCAGAUCCCCCCCUGGUUGCACAGAACCAUCAUGAUCUUAUAUGUCCUCCUCGCUCUCAUCUUUUCAUUUUGCAUCAUCCUGUCAACCUUGGUCCUGGUCAAAAAUUCUGAAAUGUCCAGGGAGCUGUGGAGCUUGAAAACGGAGCUUCUGAAUGUUUCGAGCCUGGUGCUGAAGUGCCAGGAUCAGCAAAACAAUCAUUGGAAAGCUGUCCAGACGGACAUCCGGGAGGCCAAGAGUAACAUCGCUACAGUCUCGAGCAAAGUGCAGAGUGGAAAUGACAGGCUGAAGACGGUGCCAGCAGAUAUAACUGACAUCAAGAAAACCCUUCAGGCGCUAGAGAAGAAAGCACUUGCUCCGUCCACUUCUAAGUAAAUAAGAGGACACCACAGCCAUACCUGGAAGGACUUGGGAUUGCACCUGCUAGUGAAGAUGGCAAAUGGGGGUACCCGGCUUGAGUGUGAGUCUGCCAUUCAUCCUCGUAGAGAAAAUUAGCCAUCUGGCAGGCUGACUGUUGAAGAGUGUGCACCUAAGGGGAAAUUUUGUGGCAUAUGGAGUUUCCAUGUAUCCAAGCAGAAGGUGUUACGGUGGAAAGAGAACGUGGAAGUCACAGCAUGUGUUACUCUUUAUGGACCACAUAAAGAGGCCAUGUAUGGCCUGACAUAUAUGAGAAUAGGCAUGUCCUGAUGGAUAGCUGCUCCUGUGAAGCCCCCAAAGUGUGUCAUUGUGAGUGUGGGUGUAGGUGAUAUGUGGGAUGUGCCUCCCCAUUAGCUUGAUCAUGUAUGUGUGCAUCUGGCUAUUUUGUGUGUGUCAUCGCAGUGGUGAGCAAUGGACACUCUGGGGAUGUACUACAUUGUGUGCCAUUCCUAGUGUGCUUGGCUGUGUCACCUUGUGGGUUAAGAGCGUGUACACAAAUGCACCCAUUAAUUUCUGUGCUUGUAUUUUAUGACUCGUGAAGAUAAAUGCCAAGAGGAAGGAUAGCAGCCCUUGAGCUGUUGUUGGGUUGUCUGUGGGACAGAAGUUUGGGACCUGGUGGGGAGACUAGAUUUAGGGCUUGGAUUUGGGGAUGGGACAAAACACUCAUCGCUGUAAGCCAGGCAUGAUGCAGCUGAACUGUAAGUCCUUCACUUGGGGGGCUGAUGUGAGAGGAUCAUGAGUCCAAGGCCAGCUCUGGCUAUAAAAGAUGAGUUUGGGUGGGUAGUGAGCUGGAUCACAAUGUAAAAGGUACUUGGCACCAUCUUACCCUAGUUCCAUCCCUGGAAUCCACACAGUGGGACAAGAGAGCCACUUCUGACCCACACAGGCAUACCAUAGCACAUGAACACACAAAUACUAAAAUAAAAAUAAAAUUUAAAAAUACCCAGAGGAAUCUACAUCCUACCACAGAGACACUUGCUCAUCCAUGCAAUGGAUGAUAUAAUAGAGCUUAUUACUGCUCUGUUCACAGUAGCCAGGAAAUGGAAACAGCAUAGAUGUCCAUCAACUGAUGGUCAUGAAGAUGUGGUGCAUAUACACACGAUGGGAUUUAUUCAGCACAAAAGAAAAAUUAAAUCUGCAGGAAGAUGGAUGGAACUGGAAAUCAUUGUAUUAAGUGAAAUCAGUCAGACUGAGAAAGACAAAGACUAUAUGUUGCCUCUUAUAUGUGGAGUCUAACUUCAUACACACAUAUGCAUAUAUAUGUAUAUAUAUGUAUAUGAAUAGACACAACAUACACACACACACACAGACACAUACACACAUAUAUAUGUUGAAAGAAAGUAGAAAAGAUACUGGGGCGGCAGGGUCCUAGUGGAAUUGGGAGCCAGGAAGAUGGAAGAGCGGAGAUUUGAGGGAAGAGUCAACCCAAACUAGAUACGUAUGAAAAUGUCAUUAAGUAGCUAAUUCAAAAUAGAAAAAUGCUCAGGGUAGAUUUCAGAUAGGCUGCUGAGUCGGGUGGACAUGCGCGCCCCCUUGCGGCUGCUCUCCCGCACAGCCUGGGUGUGCAUUUGUCCGCCCCUCCCCGUUCUUGAGUCCGCAGGGUACCCUUUUAAUGACUCAAAGCGCUUGCAAACAGUCCGGUGCAGUUUCAGUGAGACCCCAGCUCUUCCUGCAUCGGUUUCGUCCUUUCUCUGUGGAUCUCAGCUGCGUCUCCCACUCUAUCUGCUUUGGAUUGUUCUUGGGGCGGAGUGUAGUGGGGGAAUUGACGGGAAGGUCUUGAGGCACCAGUCCUGGAGCAGCUCAGCUCAGCGUCUCAGAACAUACAGGUAGAGGGGUCUCUCACGUAUUCUGCACAAUCCCCUUCCCGGCUGGAGUGCAGUAACGCCCAGCCCCAUCCCUACAAACCCGGGUCCUGGUGCAUGCAUAGUGGGGUAGGACUCUUGACUUCUACCCCAUUCCACAAGAGUGUCUGUCGUUACUUUAUCGGGAGGAGUACCCGAGGCCCCACUUCGCCUCCGAGAUCCUUUUCUGGAACCUCACGCUACCCAACGCCGGCUUCUUGAUCUGCUGUGGCGCUAGUCUUCUCCAGGGCCCUUGUCUCCUCCCCAAAGGGUUAAAGCAAUGGGGUGGGUCAGGGUCCUGAUAAGGACCACCCGUUGGGAGGCGGCUUCAAUUUCAGAUGAUGUAAUUCUUCCUCUGUAUAGAUUGGACUAAUUAGGUUUAGCUGAGUCUAUAAGCACCGCCCUCGCCCCCCUCCCCUUUUUUUCUUUUAGGAUGAUGGCCCCUGUCUGAGUACGGUUUUAAGCUCCGUAACGAUUUGGCUUGGGCUUCCUUAGUCUUUUUUUCUAAAGCUCCAGUCCCCAUCACGUGUGGUUAACCUCCAUGGCCGCUUAUUGUCUUCGUUCUCCUCUGGGCACCUUACUUGCCUUGCCCUCACCUACAGUUUGCCCGCCCUGGGCUUUUCAUUUUAAAGUCGAAUAAAUUGCCCUAACGAUUCCAUUUGAGUCAGCUCUUCCCGCCCGACUGUGUUGAUUUCUUUUUGUUCUGGCGUAGAAAGACUUGGUGACAUAAAUCUGUGUUCCCUGGGCCACAGCCAUUGAUAAUUUACCUCCAGAAUAAACUAUCUCCUAUCACUAUUGAA